UAAAUGACAGCAGGCCACUGAGCACUUACACUCACAAACACUUUCAUCAUGACACUGACAGCGUAUGCUUCGCUGGCUUUCACCCUCAGCAUCCUUCUGACAGUCCAACUGGUGGAAAGUCAAUAUGUUCCAAAGACCUGUCAGUGUCCGAAGAUGGAGAAAAGAGUCAGGGGACCAUUUUCAGAUUUCAAAGUCACUCUAAAAGGUCCUAACUGUUUACAAGAUGAGAUCAUAGUCACGCGGCAGAAGAACAGUCUCGUGUGUCUAAGUCCAAAUGGGCCCCAAGGCAAACGACUGCUGACAUGUUGGCAAAGGAUGCAAAUUAAUGGCAAGGACAGCAAAAAAUGUUUACGUCAAAAAAAACAAAAGCAAAGGCGAAAAAACAAGAAGCAGGUUAAACCCAGGAAGGUCAAGUCUUAACCUCAAGUGCUAAAGACACUAAGGCAAAGAAUGUAAGAGAUCCACAGGAGAGAAUACUCUUCAAAGCUUGUGCAAAGCUUUGCACAUAACAAGCAUUUCAUAUGCACUAAACAAGCCAAGGACGUAAGAAAAGGCUCGGGAGGAGUGCACAAGUAUAUUGAGGCCAAAGGAUGGUUUACAAUGAAGACAUGUUACAACAGGGACAUCAUUUAACCUUGACAUGUUACAGAGGGAUGAGUUGAGCCCUAAUAUGUGGGUCUAAUGUACCGGCCAGUGAGAAGACAUUUUUAAAAAAUUGUAUACAUUUAUAUAUUCUUAUUGUUUUCAUAAAUGUAUAUACUCUUAUAAGCAUGUGUUCAGUGAUCACAAAAAUGCUUGUUUUAUAGUUUAUUCUAAAUUAAAAUAAACUUAUUUAAUAAACAUGAA